GAGUAGUGGUCGGAGUGCUAUGGAUCAUCCAUUAGAAACGCAAAAUGGUGCAGUGGACCGUUUGAAAAGACUUUAUCCAGCUGUGGAUGAGGCUAAAACUCCCUUACCCAGAGCUUGGAGUCCUAAGGAAAAAUAUAACUACAUUGGACUAUCCCAGAAUAAUUUACGUGUGCAUUACAAAGAUGACCCGUCCCAAUAAAAUAAAACAAUCAUUGAAAAUUCGACCCUACCCAUAAUAACGUUUUACUGAAAUCAACGAACGUGUUAGCUGCCAAGAACCACAGAGCAUUAACUCGACAGGAGUGCUUACUCAGAAUGAACCAAUCAAAUUAUCCGUCAUGUUGACGCUAUAAGUGGAAUAUGAACGGUGAGCAAAAAAGUAUUAUAUUUGGUGUUCAAAGCGUAUAAACAUUUUUUCAGUCGAAAUGUUCAUAUUUUAACGAGUCAUAUUUGAUGUACCUAACUAUUCUUUACAUUUGAAU